AUAAAUAAAAUAAUAUCCUCACCCUUCCACAGAACUCUCCUUCUGCUCUUCCUAAUCCUUUUUCGUGGGCUCUUCCCUACUCACGUUUCUUUCCUUUUUCCUCUGAUGCCAAACAGCAAAUCGGAAGAAUAAUGACUACAGCUUCAGUGGCAUAUUCAUGCCUAUCUCCAGCUUCUUUUAACUCCAAAUUAUCUCACAAGAUCUGGGGUAUGCCCAUCACCAACCGUUUGGAAAAAGGAGUAAAGACCGAAUACCCAAUUUCCACGACACAGAAUUUGACUCAUUUAGCACACUUGACACCCUUGUGUGCAACUUUGAGGAGCCCAAAAGGGUUUGGUCCUCCAAAGAAAACCAAGAAGACCAAGAAAGGCAACAAAGACAAUGAGGAUGGUGGAGAAGAGGAGAAUGAGGAAGGAGGAGGGGAAGAAGAAGAUCGAGAGGCGGGUGUAAUACCGGAGAUAGUGACUAACAGGAUGAUCAGCAGGAUGGGAUUCACUGUUGGGGUCCCACUCUUCAUUGGGCUGCUGUUCUUCCCAUUCUUCUACUAUCUGAAAGUUGGUCUGAAAAUUGAUGUUCCCACUUGGGUGCCUUUCAUUGUGUCGUUUUUCUUCUUCGGAACAGCUCUGCUUGGGGUGAGCUAUGGGAUUGUGUCCUCCAGUUGGGAUCCCAUGAGGGGAGGCUCUUUUUGGGGUUGGAAUGAGGCUCAGAAGAAUUGGCCUGUCUUUCGGCAGUCUCUUUGGGGUGGGUCUAAGAGGAAGUAGCAAUUGUUCAAGACUUGCUUGGUGAACUUGUAAAUUAAUUAGCACGAGUUUUUCUGAAAGUUUGAAAUGGUCUGGAAUUGUAAUAGGUCUUUGUGAUAUAUCAGCCUUGAUUAGUGUAAAAUAAUGUUAUUUUUAUAUUUUUUUGGUGGACUUUCAAUUGAAAUGAGGAGGAACCCACUAUAAACUUGGUAUA